AUGCAAAACCAAAGCUUUGUAACUGAAUUUAUCCUUCUGGGACUUUCCAAGAACCCAUAUGCCCAGAAAGUCAUUUUUGUUGUAUUUCUGUGUAUCUACAUUGCAACUGUCUGUGGCAAUCUGCUGAUUGUGGUGACCAUCCGCAGCACUCCAGCUCUCCUGGGCUCCCCAAUGUACUACUUCCUGUCUUUCCUGUCCUUCCUGGAUGCAUGCCAUACCUCUGUUUUUGCACCCAGAAUGAUUAUAGACUGUCUCUAUGAGAAGAAAACUAUCUCCUUUGGACAGUGUAUGACCCAACUCUUUGCUGGACACUUCUUUUCUGGGGCAGAACUUAUUGUCCUCACAGCCAUGGCCUAUGACAGGUAUGUAGCCAUCUGCAAGCCCUUACACUAUUCUUCCAUCAUGAAUUCAAGGCUCUGCAACAUUCUAAUUGGAGUAGCCUGGACAGCUGGCUUUCUGCACUCCACUAUACAACUUCUUAUAACUUUUCAACUACCUUUCUGUGGCCCUAAUGUCAUGGAUAAUUUUAUGUGUGAUUUGUAUCCGUUGAUGAAACUUGCCUGCACUGAUACUUAUGUCUUUGUUCUUUUGAUCAUAGCCAAUAGUGGGGUUUUUUGCAUCCUCAUCUUCUCCUUGUUGCUUGUUUCCUAUAGUGUCAUCUUGUUCUCCCUGAGAAAACACAGCACUGAAGGCCAGAAGAAAGCCCUCUCUACCUGUGGAUCUCACAUUGCUGUUGUAGUUUUGUUCUUUGUCCCAUGUAUAAUCGAGUAUGCGCGGCCUCCAUCUGAUUUAUCUUUUGACAAAAUAUUGGAGGUCUUCUACACUGUCCUAACUCCUCUACUUAAUCCUGUGAUUUACACAUUCAGGAAUAAGGAAGUAAAAAAUGCCAUGAGGAAAUUGUGGAAUAUAUAA